CUUCCACCUCCCCAUCCCCCAACCUCUUCCUCUCCUACCCUUCGCGAUGAAGACGUCUCAAUUGCUCUUUGCACUUGUGGCUGGGGUCUCGACAUCGUCUGCUCUUCCUCUCAAGCAGGGAUGGACCGACUUCAUCUUCACCUCUUCAGUGCCUACUUCUUCCGGCACAGUGUCCAAGCAAGUCGAGAUCACUACUAGUGGCCAUAGCGGGCGUAACGCGGUUCCUCUCACCGGCUGGGCCACCCGACUUGAUGUCAAAGAAGGCAGCGAAAUAAAAGAAUCGGAAAGGAUCAGCCACGCAGUGCGACCCCUGACAGGAUGGGCAAUACGCCUCGAUAUCAAUGAGGAGGACGACGGUGUACCGGAAGAAGACUCGCCCAUCAUCUUCCAAACAGCGCACGCGACUGAACAACCGUCUCCCUUCUAUGCUUCAGACCCCUUCACUUCUCUCAGUGCCAAGGCUUGGGCGUGGGCAGGUCAGCGCCUGUUCGGUUCGAAGGGGCACCGUGGCAAGACAAGCGCUCUCAAUGCGCCAUUUUUCGCAGCUUACGGUGAUUCGUACGUUGCAAGUAAUAGUCUCGGCGUACCGGACCCUUCGCGUCUGAAAGGAUUUACGCACUACAACGUGGCCUUCUGGACGACAGGCGACGGCCCGGCAGACAAUGCCUUGGACUGGUCUCAAGGCACGAAGGCGCAGCGCCAAGCCAUUGUCAAAGCAUACAACAGCGCGGGCAUCCGUCUUGGCGUAUCUGCCUUUGGUGCCACAGAUAAGCCGCAAGACCGUUACAGCAACGCCACGGAGAUGGCCGUCGUGCUCAAGAGCUUCGUGAAAGGGCAUAGCCUCCAGGGCAUUGAUAUUGACUACGAGGACUCUAACCGUCUGCAACGGGGCGAGGCCACGAGCUGGCUGAUUCCCUUGCAACGGGAGUUGAGGAACCAGCUGCCAUCGGGAGACUACUACAUUACUCACGCUCCUCAAGCUCCCUACUUCAACAAGGAUCUCUUCCAGCUCGGCUACGACUGGUUCAAUGAGCGUGUCGGCGACCUCGUCGACUUCUACAACGUCCAAUUCUACAAUCAGAAUUCAUACGAAGACUGCACGGGACUUAUCACUUCAAGCGGCAACUGGGCGCCUGGCACGUCGCUUUUUGAGCUCAACUCGCAACACAAUGUUCCCCUCGAGAAAAUAGUCGUUGGAAAGCCAGCAACCAAUGGCGAUGCCGACAAUGGCUACAUGGCUCCAGAUGUCCUCGGGAAGUGCUUGAAGAAGGCAACAAACAAGGGCUGGAAUGGAGGCGUAAUGCUGUGGGAAUUCAAAGGCGGCAAUGGUCUGAACAACAUCAUCUCCUCCAUCAAGAGCAACGCAGGCUUCCAAUGACGUGCCCAAGACGACUCUCUCUCUCUUCAAUUUUUCCUCUCCCAUCCCGACGAAGUGUCAUGUUGAUGACGAUAAUGUUCUGACGACGAUUGUGUCCUACCAGCUAGGAAUUUGUAUUCAAUUUAUGAGCUGCUCUGUCGAGGUCUUUCUCCAGAUUGAUGGUCC